AUGUUUUUUGAUUGUAAUUUUCAGGCUUCUGAUGAAAACUCCUUGAGAGCCUUAGAGGCUCUGAUGACAGAGUUUUUUGAUGGAAGAACCAGCAAUGAAAGAAAGAGAGAAAUCGAGGCUGUGCUGAAUAAUUUUGGUCAAACUAAAGAAUCAUGGAGACAUUGUUUAUAUUUUAUGGCUAAUACACAGAAUGAGUAUGUUAUGAUGUUUUGUUUGAGCCUUCUAGAGAAUGUGGUAAAUCGUCAAUGGUUGGGUAUAUCAGUUAAUGAUAAACUGGAACUGAGAAAUACAGUUAACCAGUAUUUAUUAGAGAAACAUACCAUAGUACCAUCUUAUAUUCGUAAUAAAUUAAUUAAACUAGUAGUAGAUAUAGGUCGAAUUGAUUGGCCUCAUUUUUAUCCUGAUUUUUUCCCCAGUAUACUACAGUUAGUACAACAGUCAGACACAGUUAGUCUAGGUGUCAUGAUUUUACAAACAGCAUCAGAAGAACUAGCCUCACCUAGAGAAGAUUUAAGUAUGGCAAGGAAAGAAGAGUUAAAUAAGUUAUUAUUAUUACAAGUUCCCACUGUAUUAGGUCUUCUUAAUAAUAUAUUAGAAUCAGUAUUAGAGAAACAUCAUCAUUUAGUAGCAGCUACUCCACCCCCCUCACCUACACAUGGUGAAAGUGAAUCCCAUAGAAAAUCAGCCAUUUUUAUGUUCAAGACCUCAGGUAGAGGUGUGCAACUAGAAGCCUUACCACCAUUAGAUGAAAAUGCCAAACAAUUAUGUUCUUUGUGUUUAAACUGUUUAGCCCAUUUCUUUAGUUGGAUACCUCUAUCAUCUACUAUAACACCUCAAUUACUCAGCACCAUCUUUCAUUUUGCUGGAUUUGGAUGUGAAGUGAGAAAUGUACGUGCCUCAAGUCCCAGCUCUUCCGCAAGUGUCAAUGCCCAAUAUUUAGGCGUGUUGGCUAUGAACUGCAUCAACGAACUCUUGGCCAAAAAUUGUGUGCCUCAAGAAUUUGAAGAUUUUUUAGUACAAAUGUUUCAGCAGACAUUUUCCCUGCUACAAAAGUUAACUAAAGAAAGUAGUAGUACAUCUAGUGGUAAUCGUCUAGAAGAAUCUGAUGAAAGUUAUGUUGAGAAGUUUACAGAUUUUUUACAGUUGUUUGUUAGUGUACAUUUAAGAAGAUUUGAAAAUAAUGCCAAGUUUCCUAUACUCGAAUUUUUAGCUCUUUUAUUUAAAUAUACCUUUAGACAGCCGAGUCAUGAAGGUUAUUAUCAUUGUUUAGAGAUAUGGAAUACAUUUCUAGAUUAUUUAUUAACUAAACUAGGAGAAAGGUCAUCUGUUACUGAUUCUGUUAUUGGCAGAUAUAAAGAAGCCUUAACAUCAUUAGUAUCACAUAUACUCCAGAAAUUACAGUUCAGAUAUAAUCAAUCACAGUUAGAAGAAUUAGAUGAUGAAUCAUUAGAUGAUAAUAAUGAAACAGAAUGGCAAAAUUUCUUAAGGCAAUCAUUAGAAGUUGUAGCUAAAGUGUCAGAGCUAUUACCAGCUGAAACAUUUCAACUAAUUUGGGAACCAUUCAGUGAGGCAGUGAAUAUUUAUGCUGAACUGGGACAGUUUGUAACCAAUGGUAACCAAGGGAGACGAUUAACUAUUACUGGUGAAAAUGAAUGCAGAAGACUUCACUGUACAUUGAGAGAUUUGUCGUCCUUAUUUCAAGCCGCAGGCAGAUUAGCUGAACAUUUUAUAGGAGAGAAAUUUUCUGAAAGAUGUUCUAUUUCUCAAGGCUUAGUGGAGAGAUUAGUAUCCUGUGCAUCUAUUGGUAGUACUAAUAAAUUAUUUGAAGUAGAGUCUACAGCUCAAACUGUUCUCCAGCCUGAUUUUAUACAAGUACAUGCUCAAGCACUAGCUGCCACUAAAGCCUAUUCUCAUUGGUUGGUACAGUUUUACGCCCAGACUCAGAAACCUAAUGAAACAAACCAGCCAUUCUAUAAUGUUAUUAAUACUAUCUUAUCAUCUGUAGCUCCUAUGAUUAAUAAACAAAUCCCAGAGAAAGUAGUUCAUUCAGCAUCUCAUUUAUUAUUAUCAAUAACAACUACAGUUCGACCAUGUUUCUUAUUAGAAAUACCUAGUAUGAUGACAUUAUAUACAGCCUCUAGUCAGGGUAGUUAUAUACAUUUAUCACAAAAUGUCCAGCAUUUAGUCUAUAGAUCACUGUCACAUUAUUUAUUAUUACCAUGGUUAAAUAUAGCUGAAUCAGAACAAGAUUGGGAGAAACGAGCUGCCUUACAUCAAAACUUUGUAAAUCAAUUAUCAGCUGAUUAUUUACAACUGAAAGAUACCAGACUAUUAGCUGAAAAUAAAACAUUGUAUAAUAAAGCAAUAAGAGUGAUACAAGAGACAUUACGUAUGUUAGAAGAUUGGAUAGAAUCUAUAGCUGGUGAAGUUGUCAAGAGUAAAAAGAUCUGUUUUCAAUCAUUACAAGUUAUAACACAUGUUACUUUAGGUAUAUUUCCUGUCUAUAUACAACAAACAGAUGUAAUAGAGAGUAUUAUGAGUUUUUUCCUAGCGUUAUUUCAAGGUUUACGUGUUCAGAUGGGAGUCAGUUUUACACAACAAGCUAUUCAAACAUUUAUGAAUCUAUUUACUAAAGAACAUUUAGCACAGACAAUUCAUGAAGAAAGUUCUUCAGCAUUUAGAGUGAUAGAAAAAUUUUUAAAGAUAUUAGUAUUGAUAGUACAAGAACCUGGAUCACAGUUUAAAUCCUUUCUACCACAGAUUAUUACUAUUAGUAUGGAUCAAAUUUACCCUUUAGUAGCUCCAAGGCCAUCACCAGAUAUGAAGUGUGUAUUAUAUACAUUAUUAUUUGAAAUAAUAAAUAACAACUGGAGAUAUUUUUUUAAAUCUGGAGUGUUAUCAACUAUACAGAAACCUUCUGAAGAUAUAGAAAAUGGGCCUCAAUUUAUAGCUAUCAUGCAGGCAUAUGGUCAAUCCUUUCUACAACCAGAUAUUACAAUCUUUAAACAGAAUUUAGAAUCUUUAGAACUACUCAAUACUAAAUGGAAACUAUAUAAUAAGGCAAUUUUUAAAGAGAUGAUGUUAUUCCAGUUUUUAAAUGUAUUAUUACAAACAUUAGUUGUGAAAUCUCAUGAUUUAUUACAAGAAGAAAUUGUAAUAACAGUCUAUAAUAUGGCUAGUGUAGAUUUUGAAGGAUUUUAUACUGGGUUUUUACCACAGUUUCUAAAUAGUUGUGAUGGACUGGAUGUGAAUCAAAAAACUCUCUUAAGCCAAAAUUUCAAGAUAGAUAAGGAUUUACCAACAUUUACUCAGAAUGUACAUAGAUUAAUGAAUGAUGUUAGAUAUUAUAGACAAGUUAACAAUUACUUACCAGCUGGUUCCAUUACAUUUUAA